AAGAAGUUGAGUCUUUGAGAAUACAGCAAAAACACCAGUUUUCAAACUGUGAACAGAAACAAAACAGCCACUGACAAAAGAAGAUGACCAAGUUUGGAAAAUGAGAAACAGUUCCAUCAUUCUUCGCACACAGAGAUGACAUUAUGUCUAAUUCAAAUAACGCAACAAAUCUAUGUGUACCAGGCAGUCUUUGUGAGGUGCUUGUCUAUGAAGUCGAACUGAUCGUCAUUCCGGUGCUGUUUCUCUUGGCUUUUCUGGUCACGCUGAUCAUUUUGCUGGUGCUCAAAUGCACCUAUAAGCCGUCACAUCUUUAUGGACACCACAGAAAUGAAAAAGAUGACACACAACACCAUCGUAACUCACACAGACACCGUAACAGCAACAGACAGCACCUGCAAGGCAUUGACGCUCCAGCAGAGCUGAACCCAUUGGAACAUGAGGUUAUUCCCAUGACAGCCCAAUCUCAGCAUGACAUGCAGAAUUCUAGCCCUGCAGUCCCUCAGCAAACCACCGGGAGGCAUCCGGACCUCUUUCAGCUGGUCUCUCCACUUCCUCUCACAUUCUCAGUAAAACCAGACAACACCUUCACAUUGCACAGAGCUGUCAUGGACAGACAGCCAGUCGUUUUACGAGUGCUUAAAGAAUCAGCCAAUGCCAAAGAGCGCCAGUCCUUUCUGGGGUUUGCCCACUUCCUUUCAGAGUUGGGACUGCAUCCAUCGUUGCCCAGAUUGCUGGGGGUUGUGUCUGUGCAGACACCGUUGAUGAUUGCUGUAGAGGAGCUGGAACACCGUGACCUGCUGAGCUUCCUGUGGAGGUGCAGACAGGACCACACAGGUCGGGAGGCACCGUGUGACAUGACUGAAAGACGAAUCUUUACCAUGGGCGCUCAGAUUGCAUCUGCUCUGGAGUAUCUGCAUAGUAAGAACUACAUCCAUGGCAAUGUCAAGGCUCGAAGCGUCUUGGUUGGUCGGGACCUGUCGGUCAAACUGUGGGGUUUGGGUCCAGCAUACCGCAGAAAAACGAGUGCAGCCUCUAUGGAUGUAGAAGAUACAGAAAUGAGAAAAUGGCAAGCUCCAGAAGCAUUAGCACGGCAACCUCUCCAGCAAAGCAGCGACAUAUGGUCCUUUGGCAUUUUGCUGUAUGAGAUGGUGACAUUAGGAGAUCCACCCUUUCCCAACAUCAUGGCUGGCGAACUUCUGCAGCAUUUACAGAGAGUGAACACACUAAAGAGACCACCCAACUGCUCUAAUACACUAUAUUCUAUCAUCAAAUCCUGCUGUCAGUGGAAACCAAAGGAUCGAAUCUCAUUGGCUGAGCUGAACAGAAAGCUCCAAUCAGGAGAGAGAAGCGCCAAUGAACAGGCAGUGCUGCGAGUGUCUGAGCCGGUGAACAUGGAGAAAUACAUACGGGAGGCGGGCUAUGGAGAAUCAUACAAUUAUGCUGUGCUAUAAUGAUCCCUUUGAUCAAACCCAAGACUCACCAAAAGAGCUGCGGACUAGCUAUGAAUAAAUAAAUGAACCGUCAAGGUUUGAGAUUAGCACUUUCGAAGGAUUAUAGAGAGCCACUGCUUGUUACAGACAGUGACAUCACUCUAUCACAUAUAAGAAGCACAUUAUCUCGUCAAGCAAGCAGGUGCUAUUAUGAAUCAGGACUUUAGAUUGAGGAUAAAGGAUAAAAAAGGGCAAUUGCAACACAAAUGAGAACGAGGGGAUGCUAUGUAAAACAGAGUAAGAUUGUGUCAUACACAUAUAUGAAAUAUGCAGUCAAUAGGCAAAAGCUAUAAUGUAAACGUAUAUGAAACAACAACAACAACAACAACAACACACACACACACACACACACACACAGUUUAGUAAUAAUUUAGGUAAUGUGGUUUAACUUAUCAUUAUUUAUUUAGGUUGGAAUUGUUCACUGCUACGGCUAAUUCAAAUGGUAUAAUUAAAAAUUAUAUUAUUGAUAUAUUUAUUGGUAACUGGAAAGUCUACUGUAUUAUAAAGUACACUAUUUAUUCAUGGAAAUGUACUUUUUUUGUCAGUUUAGUCAUCGUUAGUGCAAUUGUAAAUAAUAAUGGUCACCUGACUUUUUCAAAAUUAGGCCUACUUUUAAAUAUUUAGUUUCCCACUUACACCUUCAAGUCUGCGGUGUUGGCCCGUUAGGGAAACUGAAGUACGUAAGGUUUUAUAGUAAUCCUUCAAUAAAAAUGAUUUCAUCUGUA